ACUGCAGAGCCGUCGGAGCUUGGGCAUCUCGUAUGUAUAAUUUCUGCAACCGCCUCGCCGUUCGGAGCCACCUUAUCCUCGCUCCCCACCACUCCCAUCCCGCUCCUCUCCCGAUGGAAUCCGCGCUCUUCUCCUCUUCCCCUCUCUCCGCCUUCGUCCCCCGCUCUCCUCCCUCUCUCGCUUCUCGACCCCUCCGUUUACUCUCCCUCCCCUUCUCCCUCCUCAUCCACCAUUCCCCCCCACCGCGCGGCGGCCCUCCCCUCCUCCCUCGCCGCCUCCUCCGCCGCUUCUCCCCCGCCGCCUACGCCGACGCCGACGCCGCCGCCGCUUCCGCUGCAGAAUCCCGGAGCUCCGGUGAUCGCGUCGUCGCGCGGCCAUCGUCGGAGCUCCGGAUGGGGCGGCCCGGAGGAAGCGGGACCGGCGUCGCCGGCGACGAGAAGCUCCGGUCACUCCGGGAGCUGUUCGCGAGGCCCGAUGUAGCGAUCGAUGCCUAUAUCAUCCCUUCCCAAGACGCUCACCAGAGUGAGUUUAUCGCUGAAUGUUUUAUGCGGCGGGCAUACUUGACGGGCUUCACUGGUAGUGCUGGUACUGCUGUGGUAACUAAAGAAAAGGCUGCUCUUUGGACAGAUGGCCGUUACUUCCUCCAGGCUGAGAAGCAGCUGAGUCCUGAUUGGAUCCUUAUGCGGAGUGGAAAUCAAGGUGUCCCUACGACUAGCGAGUGGCUCAAUGAUGUUUUGCCUGCUGGUUGUCGAAUUGGUAUUGACCCUUUCCUCUUUUCUCAUGAUGCAGCUGAGGAACUGAAAGAAGCAAUUUCUAAGAAGAAUCAUGAACUGAUUUUGAUAAAGGAUUUUAACCUUGUUGAUGAAAUUUGGAAAUCAAGGCCAAAACCUCCCGGCAAACCUACUAGGGUGCAUGAUAUCAAGUAUGCUGGUGUUGACGUCUUAUCAAAAUUGUCUUCCUUGAGAUCUGUACUUGUUGAAAAUGGUUGUACAGCUAUUGUUAUAUCAAUGCUCGACGAAGUUGCAUGGCUGUUAAAUAUGAGAGGAAGCGAUGUUCCAAAUUCACCUGUAUUCUAUAGCUACUUGAUUGUGGAGAUUAGCCAUGCUACACUAUUUGUUGAUAACAACAAAGUUACCCCUGGAGUACUGGAUCACCUGAAAAGUGCUGGAGUAGAGUUGAAACCAUAUGAAGAAAUUUUAUCAGAAGUAGAAAGCUUAGCAGCAAAAGGUGCGAAGCUCUGGCUGGACACAUCAUGUGUAAAUGCUGCAAUUGUUAGUAUAUUUAGAUCUGCCUGUGAGAGACAUUUUACAAGACUUGCAACAAAAUCAAGAAAGCAACUCAACAAUGGAGCAUCUUCAGAUUUGAUAUCAAUCAAGAGUGAAGAUAUUCGGAAUGGAAUACCUAAUGGCUUGUACAAAGUUUCCCCUGUUGCCAUUGCUAAAGCAGUGAAAAACAAGGCAGAGAUUGAGGGAAUGAAGAAUUCACAUUUAAGAGAUGCUGCUGCUUUAUCAGAGUUUUGGUGCUGGAUGGAACAGGAAGUUAAGAACAAUCUGACGCUUACAGAAGUAGCAGUUGCUGAUAAACUAUUCGAAUUUCGUAAACAGCAGGAGGGCUUUAUCGAUACUAGCUUUGACACUAUUAGCGGUUAUGGUGCGAAUGGUGCUGUUAUACACUAUAAGCCAACUUCAGACAGUUGUAGUUUUGUUGGUACCGACAAUCUCUUUCUGUUAGACAGUGGUGGUCAGUAUGUUGAUGGCACCACUGACAUAACAAGGACGGUACAUUUUGGCGAGCCUUCUGCGUGGCAAAAGGAAUGCUUCACAAGAGUCUUACAGGGUCAUAUAGCUCUUGAUCAGGCUAUUUUCCCUGAGAGGAUGCCUGGUUUUGUACUUGAUGUACUCGCACGAUCUUCUCUUUGGAAAGUUGGGCUUGAUUAUAGGCAUGGGACUGGUCAUGGUGUUGGUGCUGCGCUAAAUGUCCAUGAGGGCCCACAAAGUAUAAGCUUCCGUUUUGGAAAUUUGACAGCUUUGCAAAACGGUAUGAUUGUAAGCAAUGAACCUGGCUAUUACGAAGACCAUUCAUUUGGUAUUCGCAUUGAGAAUCUUCUUCUUGUAAAAGAGGUGGAUCUGCCAAAUUCUUAUGGUGGCAUCGGAUUUCUUGGUUUUGAGAAGCUCACUUUUGUCCCAAUUCAGAGUAAACUAAUUGAUACAUCCCUGCUGUCUCCUAUGGAGAUCAAGUGGGUAAAUGAUUAUCAUUCGCAAGUUUGGGAAAAGGUUUCACCUUUGGUGAACGUCGCUGUGCGGGACUGGCUUUGGAGGAACACCAGUCAUGCUGCGUGUUGGACGCUGAAGAGCCGGGGAAAGAUGAGAACCCAAUUGAUGAGUACUUGCCUGAUCUUGUCCAUAUCGAUGUUUGCAAGACCAAUUAAGCAACAAAGGGGUAUAAUUGGAAUUGAGCCUAGUGUUUAUCCUCAACAGCCCCCCCAGCUAUUCUUUCGUGCUGGAACCAGAGAAGAGUUAUGCUUUGGAAGUGAAGAAAAGAGUGUUUUUGAGGAUAAAUCUCUAACCCUAACUCAAGGUUGGCUUGGUUUGAAGCUCUUGGAAGGGUGCUUUGAGGCUAAAGGAUGCUUUGAGGCUAAAGGAUAUCUUCGCUCGAGCAAAAGGAGUUCGAGGGGUAUCCGGUGGGUUUGACCUCAUCGAAAUGGCCAUUCACAGCGGGAGAGGCUAGGGAUCGCGGCAAGGGGGUCACAUUUAGUUAGAGUUAGUUUGGAGCUUCUGCUAGGUGGUCACCUCUUCCUUUGAUGUAGCUGGCGAGAGAGUUUUGUUCUUGAUGUCUAGAGACCACCAUGUACAUAUAGUUUUAUACUUUGGCUACUUGAUGUAUGUAUAUCUUUGAGACUGUUAAUGUUAGUUAGUUGUUUCCUUUUUACUUGC